AUGCCCAUAUAUCCACUACCACAACCACCCAAAUCCUCCUUUCCCAUCCAUCCCAACUCCCUCACCUCACCCCCUUCCUAUCAAUUACCCUCAACCGUUCCGAUCAGUUCUCGCUCUCCACCUUCCCAAGCCCAAGCCCAAGACACCAAUUCCAAACCCCCGCAAGCGCCUGCAAAACAUGCCGUCCCUCAGCCGUCCGCAAAAUAACCCACUCCCCACUUUUCCCCUCUACAAACCUAAUCACCACCGCCUCAAUCAUGCCAUGACGUCUCGCUCCUUCAUACCCAUGUCCACCCCGAUUCCCCCCUCCAACGACAUGCGGGCGAAACACGACAUCAAAGUCCCCCUUCGGCACUCUCUCUUUCCCUUUCCCUUUCU